AUGUCGACCGAUCCGCAACAGAUCCCGCUGCCCUCGGUGCCUGAGCGCGAAGAUGCCAUUUACAAGCCGGCAAAGAAUGGGAAGCAUUCAGCAGUCUUCAUCUUUGUCCAUGGCCUGGCGGAUAGUGCUCAUUUCAUUCAAGAUGUAGCAGACCAAUUCCAAGCUGCCAACAAACUCCCCCACAUGGCCUGGGUUCUCCCCAACGCCCGCUAUCACCGCGAAACAAUGGAUACAGCAUGGUUUCUUAUUCAUGGUGCACUUCCCGUCAUCAAGCCCACAAGACCUGAACACCUGCCGGACGAAGAUGAGGAGGGGAUGCUGGAGACGAGGACUUACCUCGAAUCCAUAGUUGAGGCCGUCCAUGCUUCUGGCGUCCCUCUCGACCGCAUCGUCCUCGGUGGUUUUAGUCAGGGCUGCGCCAUGAGUCUCCUGCUCCACCUCACAUCCAGUAAGUACUCCGGUAAGCUCGCUGGUGUUGCGGGACUGCUGGGCUGGGCUCCUCUCUGCGAUGGGAAAGAUAGACUGGAGGAACUGAGGAAAGAGGGUGGACUAGGAGCGAGGGUAGAGAGUAAGACUCUGGUGUUUCUGGGAAGGGGAACGAAAGAUCCUCUGGUUCCGAGACGGGCGUGGAGGUACACGCAGGAGAAAGUCAAGGAACUGUGUGCGGAGGGCACCGAAGUGGAGUGUAGGGAGUAUGAGGGUUUGGAGCAUACGUUGAAUGGAGCGGUGUUGAGGGAUAUGUGUGUUUGGUUGGAGAAAGUGGUGCCGCCGGUUGAGGGGGAGUGA